AAGUUUUGUGUAGAGCUUUAGUUGAAGUUAUAGCUCCUGCCAUGGCUGCUACUUUGCUUCGUAUUCUCUUCUUUCUUUCCAUCAUAACCCUCUCUCUAGCCAGCGUAAACAUAGACUGCGGAACAUCAUUGCCGGGGAUAGACAAGAACAACAUAAAAUGGGUCGGAGACAAAGACUUCGUCACGUCUGGAUCGUCUGCCACGGUUUCGUCCACCACUGUCCAGACAUACCUAACCACACUUAGGUACUUUCCGACCGGAGACUCCAACUGCUACUCCAACAUUCCGGUUACAAAAGGUGGAAAAGUCUUAGUGAGAACGAUGUUUUACUAUGGUAACUACGAUGGGAAGUCCUCAUCCCCAGCCUUCAGCGUAUUGUUUGAAGGGAAACACCGAGGCACCGUAUCGAUAUCCUCCCCGUUGGAACCUUACCUUUUGGAGCUGAUAUUUUCUCCGGCAAGCGGAGUGACCAACGUUUGUUUUUUGCGUACUUCUUCGUCGUCAAACCCUUUUGUAUCUUCCAUUGAAGUUGUCGACUUGGACGAUGGCAUGUACGACGAGCUCGGUCCUGGUGAAGGUUUAUUUUACCAUCAACGAGUUACGUACGGCACGACAGAAAUUCUAAGGUCGGAUCUUCAAGGUAGGUUCUGGCUUCCAUCGGCGAUAGACGUAUCGUUGACAGGAAUACCAUCCACGGCUGCAUCAAUCGAUACAUCUGGUGCAUCAAACAAGCCGCCUGAGUCCGUCCUCCGUAACUCUUGGUCCAGGGAAGGCUUAUCAUUAGUCGACCAAACUCUUCCUUCUGGAGGAGUUCCGGUUUACUUAGCCAUGUAUUUCUCUGAGCCACUUGAGUUAAGUGCACGAUCGUUCAACAUUUUAUAUGGUGGUAAGCAAGUUAAUAAAGGACCAAUAGUGCCUGUGUAUGGAAACGCCACGCAAGUGGUCGUGAGAGAUGUGGUGGCUAGCUCAACCACCAAGCUGGUGUUCCAGUCCACGGCUAGUGCACUUUUACCGCCUAUGAUAAAUGCUUUGGAGCUUUACGUGAUAAGUACGGGUACAAGUGGAAGUGGAGGUGGAAACGGAUCAGGCACAGGUGGAGGUGGUAGCGGCGGAGGGGGUUCUGGGAGUGGCGGCGGAGGAGGGUCUGGGAGCGGCGGAUCUGGAGAUUCCGGUGGGUCUAGCAAUGGAGGAACUGGAGGGAGCAAUGAUGUGAGCUCAGGUGGGUUAACAAGUAAAGGAAAGAAGAGUAAAGUGCCAACUAUACUCGGUUCCGUAUCAGCGGUAGCAUUUGCUCUUGUUGCAUAUGUGGUUAUCGCUCUUAUCUUUGCAAAUCGUCGUAAAGCGAGGCUGCAAGCGUUGGCUAUACCUACGUCAGUGUCUCAAAUGGGGACUGGAGCGUCGCCUUUAUUCGGACAACAAAUGGGCAAUGACUCAAACCAGCCUGCAUAUGAGUCGGACAUGGGAGAUAUCAACGACUUGAUUGGUGUUAACCAGUCGUAUGUAGCCCAAUGACAUUGAAAAUCAUAUGAAAACAUAUGUUUUUACCUUUAAAUUGUACAUGUUUACAUUGAUUAUUAUUAAAAAAACAAUUGCGGUUUCUCUUUGUAAUCUUUUUGAUUCCUAUAAGAUUUCAUGUCAUAGAUUGUUUUUUUUUCCGGUUAAAAGAUUAAUACGAUGUGCAUUGGUUGGGACU